AUGUCAGGAACACAACCAGCAAGUGGUGGUGAGCACCGAGACUUUUCUCGCGAUGCUCUGUUUGAUCUCUCGGGCAAGGUUGCUCUAGUGACAGGUGGUGGCUCUGGUAUCGGUCUCAUGGCCACUCAAGCCCUCGCCGUCAACGGCGCAAAGGUCUACAUCACCGGUCGCACAAAGGAGAAGCUCGACACCGUCGUUGACAAGUACGGCAAGAACAUCGCCGGCGAGAUCAUCCCCAUCCAAGCCGACGUCGGCAACAAGGAGGGUAUCCAGAAGCUCUAUGAGGAGUACUCCUCUCGCGAGAACUGCCUCUGCAUUCUCGUCAACAACGCUGGUAUCUCGAGCAACUCGUUCCAGGUCGAGGCCGAUUCUGCGCAGGAGAUGAAGGAGAACCUCUUCGACAACAAGGAUGCUACCUUUGAGGACUGGAACUCGACGUACAACACCAACGUCACGGGCUUGUACUUCACCACCGCUGCUUUCUUGCCUCUCUUGCAGAAGAGCAGUGAGAAGCACCAAGGCUGGAGCUCAACAGUCAUCAACAUCAGCUCCAUCAGCGGUCUUAUCCAGAAGUCUCAGCACCACUUUGCCUACAACGCCUCCAAGGGUGCAGCCGUGCACCUCACACGCAUGCUCGCCGCCGAGAUUGUGAGCAACAAGCUCAAGAUCCGCGUCAACGGUAUCGCCCCUGGUGUCUUCCCCUCUGAGAUGACCACCGAUGGCAGCGACGAGGCGCAGAAGAGCUUCAUCCCCAAGGAGAAGUAUGCUGAGAAGGUUCCCGCUGGACGGGCUGGCAAGGAUCAGGAUAUGGCUGCUACAGUGCUGUUCUUUGCUACGAACCAGUACUUGGUAGGACAGACUGUUGCUGUUGAUGGUGGCUACACUAUUGCUGCUGGUCAGUAA